AUGCCGGAGAGCGCCACUCGGCGGAUCCGCAGAGCGGCGCGACUGUCACUAGCCCCUUCUCGCGAUAGCAGAACGGACAGGUACGGGAGGGACCUCCACCAGCUCUUAGUUCCUGAAGAGGAGGUUCCCUCUGUGAAGCAGGAGUGGAAUCCCAGUCUGCUCCAGGAGAAGCCCGAGCCCCUACAUGUUAAAGAGGAGGAGGAGGAGCUCCAGAUUAGUCAAGAGGAAAAGCAGCCUCAAGCAGUGGAGAAGGGGGCUGACAUCACCAAGUCUCCAUUCACUCCUGUCCCUGUGAAGAGUGACAGUGAUGAAGAGGAAGCUCAGUUCUCACAGCUUCAUCAAAGCCAAACUGGGGAGGAAGCCAGCAGCUCAACUGAGCAGAUGAAGAGAGAAGCUGAUGGAGAAGACUGUGGACUGUCAGAACCAGCCAGGAACUUGGGUCCAGCUGCUGAUGUACAACCAGUUAGUGAUGGACAGUUCUUCUCUUCACACUGCUGUGAGACUGACACUGAAGACGUGUGCGGCAAAGAGUUCUCUGAAAGAGGACAUUUGCAGAAACACCUGAGAAAACACACCGGAGAAAGACCUUUCAGUUGCUCCAUCUGUGGUAAAGGGUUUUCCCAACGAGGAAAUAUGCAGGGCCACAUGCGAAAACAUACAGGAGAGAAGCCGUUUAGUUGCUCUGCCUGUGGUAAGGGGUUCUCCAAAAAGGUAAAUAUGCUGACACACAUGCGAAUGCAUACAGGAGAAAAACCUUUCAGUUGCUCCAUCUGUGGUAAAGGGUUUUCUGAAAGAGGAAAUAUGCAGGACCACAUGAGCGUACACACCGGAGAGAAGCCCUUUAGCUGCUCAGUCUGUGGUAAAGGGUUUUCUCAAGGAGGAAAUAUGCAGGACCACAUGAGAGUACACACCGGACAGAAGCCCUUUAGCUGCUCAGUCUGUGGUAAAGGCUUCACCGCAAAAGGAGUUCUGAAGCAACACAUGAGAACCCACACGGGAGAGAAACCAUUUCGCUGCUCGUGCUGUGGUGAAGAGUUUUCUCAAGGAGGAAAUAUGCAGGACCACAUGAGAGUACACACCGGACAGAAGCCAUUUUGUUGUUCAGUUUUUGGUGAAGAGUUUUCUCAAGGAGGAAAUAUGCAGGACCACAUGAGAAUACACACCGGAGAGAGGCCAUUUUGUUGUUCAGUUUGUGGUAAAGGGUUUUCUCAAAAGCCAAAUAUGCAGGACCACAUGAGAAUACACACCGGAGAGAGGCCAUUUUGUUGUUCAGUUUGUGGUAAAGGGUUUUCUCAAGGAGGAAAUACGCAGGACCACAUGAGAAUACACACCGGAGAGAGGCCAUUUUGUUGUUCAGUUUGUGGUAAAGGGUUUUCUCAAGGAGGAAAUAUGCAGGACCACAUGAGAAUACACACCGGAGAGAGGCCAUUUUGUUGUUCAGUUUGUGGUAAAGGGUUUUCUCAAAAGCCAAAUAUGCAGGACCACAUGAGAACCCAUACAGAGGAGAAAGCUAGUGGUUGUGAUGCUUGGUUGUGGUGA